UAUUAGAUGACGUACACGUGACAGACACCCCGACUCCCAGUACAGUAGAAUCCAAGAUGGCUGCAAGCAAUUAUUAUGGAUUCACGCAUGGUGCCGGUCCUCAGUACAGCGUUCAGCCUCCACCAGCCUAUGCCCAUCCCACCACAGCCAGCUACAAUGUCCAGCCGGCCCCUGCCGGGGCCCAUGCAGUGACUGCCUCCUAUGCCUCUGCCCCUGCACAACCAGCCAGGCCCGUUGCCUCUGCCUACCCGGUGGCCUACCAGACCCACCCUGCCCCCCCAGACUAUGGCUACCGGCAGCCGGACCCCACGCCCCAACCCACCACCACCCCACAGACAUACCAGCUACCGAUAUACACUGAAACGGAUAACUACAGUUACGGACGCCUGCCUCCAGCCACUAGUUAUGAGACUAAGCAGUACUACCAGACGAGUAUAGCUCCAGCCCAGCGGACACCAACAGAAGCUUACUACCAGACAGGCGUGAAGAGUGGCUACAGUCCAGUCAGCACAGUAUACAGCCAGCCACCACCACCACAGAGGCAUGUCACAACUUUAAAGCCUCUGGCCCCUGCCAGCUCAGUGUCCACCAGCUACAACAUCUACCCAGUGUCCACCAGUGUACAGCAGCCCCCCAUCUCGUCUUACACCCCCUGCUCGUCCUUCAGCUCCACAGCUGGCACAUACUCUGGCGUCAGCUACUCUACCUAUGAUUCAAGUGGUUACACUUCAACCCCCUCGUACUACCAGCCUGCCCAGCUUCCUCCUCCUCAGCCCCAGCCGCCCCCCCAGCAGUCCCAUCCGCCUCCCAAGCAGCUCACCAGCUCCUCCUGGAGCAACGCGGGCAGCAACAUGGUGACCGCUCCCACGGUCAACGCCUACAAGAAGCCCAUGUUCCACCAGAACAAGCUUCAGAAGCCGAAAGGGCCGCCCAAGCAACCCCAGCUGCACUACUGCGACAUCUGCAAGAUCAGCUGUGCUGGACCGCAGACGUAUCGAGAGCACCUCGAGGGCCAGAAGCACAAGAAGAAGGAUGCAGCUCUGAAGUCUGGCAGCGCGGGGGGGAGCAACGGGCCCCGGGGGAUUCAGACUCAGCUACGCUGUGAACUAUGUGACAUUGCCUGCACUGGCGUAGACGCGUACGCUGCCCAUAUCCGAGGGGCCAAGCACCAGAAGGUGGUGAAGCUCCACACCAAACUAGGCAAACCUAUACCUUCAACUGAGCCUGUUUUAGUGAACAAUGCUCCAAUUAUCUCAACGUCGACAGCUGGGAAGACAACCCCUAUCAUUGUUACGGCAACUGACCCGGUAGCGCCACCCAAACUAGUGGUCGUAAACGCCACCAAGGCCCCAGCACCUGUGAAGAAGCCAGUCGCACCCAAAAUAACCCUCCUUGCCAACAAGCCGGCCACCCCUCCAGUAGCCAAGGAGAAUGAGGCCAAGCAGUCAGCAACAGUGUCAAAGAGUGAGACCACGAGUGACGAUGAGGACGGGGACGGAGUGAGGAGGCAGGGCAACGUCCAGCCUGUAGGACAUGACUAUGUGGAGGAGGUGCGUAAUGAUGAUGGGAAGGUAAUUCGCUUCCACUGUAAACUCUGUGAAUGCAGUUUCAAUGACCCCAAUGCUAAAGACAUGCACCUGAAGGGACGCAGGCACCGGCUGCAGUACAAGAAGAAGGUGAACCCAGAGCUGCCGGUGGAGAUCAAGCCCAGUAAUCGGGCCAGGAAGCUGCAAGAGGGCAAACUGAGGAAACAGAAGCAGAAGGCUGUGCUGAAGAGACAGCGGGAUGACGAGCAGCGCUGGCACUUGGAGAUGAGGUCAGAGCCAGACGGCAGCUGGCACACAGAGAUGAGCCGCUAUGAGGAGGGCAUGUACUGGAGGAGGAGGGAGGAGGAGCAGCAGUUGUACUGGGGGGAGCAGAGGCACAUGAUGGCCCCCCCUCCGCUCAUGAGCCGGCCCGGCAUGCCAGUUCCCCCCCUACUGCAACCUAUGCGUCGGCCGGACUCCCCAGACGACCGCCACAUCAUGGCCAAACACUCCACCAUCUACCCUGUGGAGGAGGAGCUGCAGGCGGUGCAGAGGAUCGUCUCCCACACUGAGAGAGCCCUCAAACUGGUAUCUGUCUCCCUGCUGGAGAAAGAGCCUCCGUCGGCUGCUCCAGAGGCUGCUCCAGAGGCUGCUCCAGAGGCUGAUGCUGGAGAGAAAGGACCGGACAACCAGGCGGCCCGUAUGCUGAAGGGGGUGAUGAGGGUGGGCAUCCUGGCCAAGGGCCUGCUGCUCCAUGGGGAUAGGAACGUGGAGCUCAUUCUGCUGGCUGCCAAGAAGCCCACCCUCUCUCUGCUGAAGGACAUCGCUGAGCAGCUGCCCAAAGAAAUGGCGCCAUUUUCUGAAGAUCAGUAUGAAGUGAAGGCUCACCCUGAGGAAGCCAACAUCGUGAUUUUUUCGAGCAAGGAGCCAAAAAUGCAGGUCACCAUCUCUCUAACCUCGCCACUGAUGAGGGAGGACCCUGCCCCUGACAAGGAGGAAAAGGCAGGAGACAAAGCGGCUGAGAAAGUGUGUCCUUUCUCUCCUACUCUAGGGGUGCCUGAGAAAGACCCUGCUGAUGUUCUGAACCAGAACAAGUGCCUGGAAUACCUAGCUGCUCUGAGACACGCCAAGUGGUUCCAGGCUCGUGCCAAUGGUCUUCAGUCCUGUGUGAUCAUCAUUCGAGUGUUACGGGAUCUUUGCCAGCGAGUGCCAACCUGGGGCAAGAUGCCAUCCUGGGCUAUGGAGCUGCUGGUAGAGAAGGCCAUCAGCAGUGCCACAGGGCCCCUCAGCCCAGGGGAAGCCAUGCGUAGGGUCCUGGAAUGUAUCGCUACUGGCAUCCUACUGCCAGAUGGUCCUGGGCUGCUGGACCCCUGUGAGAAACACCAAACCGAUGUUCUGGGGAGCAUGACCAAACAAGCCAGGGAAGACAUUACUGCCAGCGCACAGCAUGCUCUACGACUGCUGGCGUUCCGUCAGAUCCAUAAGGUUCUGGGGAUGGACUCCCUGCCGGCGUCCAAGGCCAGCGCUCGGAACCGCAAGCGCAGACGGGACGGGAGCGAGACGGGAGAGGGGGAGGUCAAGAAAGACAAGAAGGAGGAUUCAGAAGAGGUGGAUGCUUGAUCUCUGACAGAGCAGUGUUAGCUUGGAUGGCCAUCUGGUUUUGCUUCUAAUGUUGGCAUGAGAAUGAUAGAGUAAAACAGAAACAUAUCAGCACCCAGGCUAGAGCAGGUUAGUAGUCUAUACUGGCAGAAUGGUACAUCCUUUACAUUUAUUUUUCAUUUUCAGAAUCUAUAUGAAUAUAACUGACUUAGUUGUUCUUUCACCAAGUCGCAACAUUUAUGUCUCCCCUAGAGGGAAUGGGAGGGGAAAGGUAAAGAUGAUUUACUCUUAAAAUUGUGCUGAAAAUUGGCUUUAAUGUCAGACUGACUUACUGAGGUUUCUAGGAGCUAAUGACUGAUAGCCUGCUCCCAGAUCUGUAUGUGCUUCAUGACAACAAUCAUCAGAGGAGUUUGCUAAAGCACAUACUGAUCUGGAACCAGGCUAAAUGAUUGCAUCAUUCCAUUUCCAGAAUAUUUGCCCACUCAACUUCUGAAGCCCUCCCAUUUACAGUACCUGUACCAACCACUGUUCCUUACAUUGUUUUGUAUGUACAGUAAGGACUUUUCCCCCCUGCGUUUCUUAUUGAAGAGAAGAUUUAAUCCUUUAUUGUACAGGCCAGUUAUCAUAUACUGAAGACUGUAGGAGCUACUCAUUUAGGUGCAUAUAUUGGGUUUAUUUUCAUCCUGCCCACAGCUGGCAGUACCCAAGUAAUCAUCACUUCAGAGCGCAGCUGCACAGGACCAGAUCGUAAUGCCCAUGGUCAAUUUGGUUUGUCAUUUGAUAUCGCUAUGGGGUUAGUUAGGGACCAUCGGUAAAUUACACCAUGUACAUGGGACAACAUUUAAAAAUAUCAAUAGCUCCAAAUUUCAAUGACUUAACAUCAAACCAACUAUACAUUUUAGAAAUGAAUAUACAAAUAUUGAAAGAAUUUAAAGAGAACAGGUGUGCAAUAUGAAGUUAUUGUCUCAUUUACAUUGUGUAAUUUAUUGACAGUCCCUAACUAGCUCCACAGACAGGCUAUCCAAAGUCAACCCAACUUUGCCACAGUUGCACACUAGGCGGCUGAAGCGACUUGGUGAAAGAAGUUGGCUAACUUGCUAGCUAGACAUGGUUAGACUGUUUCAAGUUAUCUAGAAGGGUGAGUGAAUGUAACUGUACUGUUUUGGCAUAGUAAAAGUACAAAUACUUCCCAUGUUCAAACACAGACGAGUAACCCACAUCAAAGCACGCCUCCGAAACCGUUCUGUCGCAUUUCCUAAUGAGACUUGAAACCAAGUUCAGCCCCCCUUAAAGACAGACAUGAGUACAUUAAAGUAAGUUUUAAAAAUGUACAGUUCAUUGUGCCAAAACUGCAGGCAAUGACAAAUAAAAUGCUAAAGCUGUAAAGAAACACUCUGAAAACAGCGCUUUGAAAAGCAAUCUCUCUGUGUAGUCUAAAGAUGUCUAUAAAUUUGUCAGACACCUGAAAAGAAGAAAAUCUGCAUUUUUGAAGAUGUGAUUGAUUGCACCACAAAACGCUUUUAAGGAAAUCACUGGGUUAUAGAAUAUGUUUUGUGUAAGAGGAGUUGACAGAUAGCUCCUAUGUUGCACAGUCUGUCUAGCAUGCUAUGAGAAUAAAGAUCUUAUGAAAUGA